GGUGCAACGCUGCCUUUUCCUGAGAAGAACAAGUGUUGUCCAGCUGCAUUUAUCAUCAGGAGGAAAGUGUCGAGGAGUGAGAGUAAAACUUUGUUUUCUCAGCUGGUCCUUGCAGGUGGAAGAUCUUUUUAAUAAGGACACGCUCCUCUGUUAAAGCUCAGCUGGCACAGCUCCUCUGGAGUGAAAUGGGUAAAAGGGUGCCCUGCCCCAGUCCUCACUAAGGCUCCUGGCUCCACCUCUGCGGGUGAUGCUGGCUGUGAUGUGGAAGGUGGUUCGUCAGAAGAAUGUGAAGCAUUAUAGGAAGGUGGUGGAGUUUGUGUCCUUGGUAACUGAGGCCAUCCCUGAUAUAUUGACUGACAGACAGAUGAGACUGCUCACUCUGGGAUUAAGAGCAAAGAUGACUUUCCAGAUGUUACGUUCUGAACAGUCAGAAGAUCUCAGACAGGUUACAACACACUUAGACAGCCUCCUGCCAACCAGCUCGAAUCAGCCUCAGCCCCAAACUGAAGCCCUCGAAGACAACUUUGUCCGACUUAUUCAGAGACUUCUAGAGGACUCAAAGGGGAGGGAACACUUUCUUGAGAAUGUGUUUCCCAUGGAGUACGGCCCCAACUUUGAUACAGCACUGGAGAUGAUGGUUUGUGAUUUCUUCAGCCGGCUGGAAGAGCUUCUGCUUAUACCAAACUUUAAACAGACCGCAGUAUGGAUCAGUGAUACAUCCUCUGUGCUAGAAGAGCACAUGCAGUGUGUGACCACUACAGAUGACCUCAACGUUUUGCUCAGAAGCAAGGUGCAUCAUGGUAAAAUGGCAAAGAUGGAUUCCAUUGGACCCUCUCCAUCAGAGCAGCAGCUCUUCUUCUCGUUAUCUCUCCCUCCUUCAUUGAGAGCAGCCAAGGACAUGGAAUCAAAAACACAGACAUUUAAAAACCAAAGAGAACCUGAGGCGACUCCUCAGGAGGUGGGAGACACGAUGGGAAAGGAUAGAAGAUGGUCGGAUGACAAUGAGACUCCACAGAGCAGCACAGAAGAAGCAACAGGAGAGAAAUGCAGUGACCGUGUUCCUGAUGUUCACAUUGUGGAGGAGUGUGAUGACAGAGCUACCUCUACAUCUGCUCAGAGCCCUGUAUUGUCCGGAUCUUUAAUCGGCCACCCUCGGCUCAGAGUUGCACAGAAAUGCAGUCAGUGUGCGAAGUGCUUCAUUUACCGUUAUGAGCUCCUGGAGCAUCAAAGACUGCACACUGGAGAAAACCCCUACAAGUGCUCUCAGUGCGGAAAAGCCUUCAGGAGGACGUCUGACCUGUCCACUCACAGACGGACACGGUGUACGAAGGCCGCUUAUAUUUGCAUCAAAUGUGGAAAUAGCUUUCAGUCUAUACAGGACAGAUUUAGACACCAGUGUAUUGAAGGUGUCCCAAAGUUUGACUGUUUUCAGUGUGGAAAAGGCUUUAAGAAAAUGUACCUGCUGGAUAAGCAUGAGCUGACUCACAGCCAGGACCGCAUCUUCAGUUGCAAACAGUGCAGCGAGGUGUACCCCAGCAUGAGCGAGCUGCGAUCCCAUCAGAGGAUUCAUCCUCCCAAGCUGUCACAUCAGUGCGCGCAGUGUGGGAAGGUCUUCAGCUCGGCUGCGUGUCUGACAGCUCACGAGCUGCGCCACAGACAGCCGAAAACGCAGAUGUGCAUGCGCUGCGGCAAAGCCUUUAAGAACAAGCAUGACCUGAGUCUGCACAUGCGCAGUCACACGGGCGAGAGGCCUUUUCAGUGCACGUACUGUGGGAAACGUUUCUCAGUGUCCGGAAAUCUCACCGUGCACAUUCGAACUCACACCGGAGAGAAACCAUAUCUGUGCUCUGACUGCGGAAAGGCUUUUGUUUCAGCCGGCGAGCUGCAGAUACACAGACGCACCCACACGGGGGAAAAGCCAUACAAAUGCACUGUGUGCCAAAGAGGGUUCACCAUGGCCAGUAAACUGACACUUCACAUGCGUGUUCACACCGGGGAGCGCCCGUAUGUCUGCUCUGUGUGUGGGAAAGGUUUUUCACGUGGUGGCGAACUGAAGAAACAUACCAUGAGCCACACAGGGGUUCGACCCUACGCUUGUCAGCUGUGUGCAAAGACUUAUACAUGUCUCAAUCACCUGAGGAGACACUUAAAGACUCACAGUGGGCUCCAGGCCGUCUGAUUAUCAUAAAGCAUUUCUUUCAAAUUAAUGUUUUGACUUCAUGCACUGUGUACAAUGUUUCACACACCCCCUCACUUGUAUGGACUUUAUGUAUUGCUUUAAUAUUUAUCGCACUUAUUUAUUCAGACUUUACCACUACAUAUUCUUAUAUAUUUAUAUAUUUUUUUUUUUUCUGCUGUUUUUAUAUAUAUAUAUUUUAUUGUACUAUCCACUCCAGCAGUACAAGAACACUUUCCUACUGGACACUAACACAAUCACAUCAUUGCAUUCCAUUCCUGUAUCUGUAAAUGUGUUCUCCUUAUGUGAUUUAAGUAUGUAUGUCAGUGAGGUGUUUAAGUGUACAAGCUACUGGAUGAUCUGAAUUUCCCACGGGAUUGAUAAAGUAUCCAUCUAUUCAUCAUUGGAGUGAACCUCUUUUGCAAUUGAUCCCGGCUCUUUAACAACAGAAUUCUGAAGUAACUUAUUUGUUCCUGACAGAAGCAGAAUUUCUGAUUAAAUCCCAAAAUAAAACAUCUUGCAGUGGCCUUCACAAUAUCAGUAUUGGAAGUGAGGGGACAAUUUAUAAUUUAAACAAAUAAAAACUCAUUCAUUUCAAAAAUAUGCAUCUGUAUAUCCUGUUCGAAUUGCUCUGGACGUUUCUGGAGAAAGCCUUUUAAUUAUUUUUUUUACUGAAAUAAAAUACACGUUUUGUUUA